CCAGCCAGCCAAGCGAGCGGCGGCGGCAGCAGCAGCAGCAGCGGCCACUUCCCGCUCCUCCGGCCAGCGGGGCUCUCCUCGCCCUUCCCCGCCUGGGCUCCGCUUUCCCUCCGCGAGCCGCCGCGCUCGCCCCGACCAUGGCGACCCUUCUCCCGCCGCUCCCCCGCCGCUCCCGCCGCCUCCUUUCUCCUCCCGCGGCCGCCGCCUCCUCCUCUUCCUCCUCCCGGCACCUUUAAUGGCUCGGACCCUCCGGCGCCCCCGACUCGUUUGCCAGCCCCGCCGCCGCCGCCAAGGGCCCGAGAGUGGAGCGCCGCGCACGGUAUAGAAGAUUGUUUCUUUAAACAUGGGUGAAGUGGAGCAGAGACCAACUGCAGGAUCCCGGUUGGGAGUUCAGGAGAAUGCUGGGAUAAGUACUUUGGAACAUGGACAAAAACUACCUGCAACGCCUACAGGAAAACUGACUACUUUCAAAAUCCAAAUGCUAGAUGAUACGCAGGAAAGUUUUGAAGUUCCGCAAAGAGCUCCGGGGAAAGUUUUGCUAGAGGCAGUCUGCAAUCACCUGAACCUUGUUGAAGGUGACUAUUUUGGCCUUGAAUUUCUGGAUCAUAAAAAGAUAAUGGUGUGGCUGGACCUUUUGAAACCUAUUGUGAAACAGAUCCGAAGGCCUAAACAUGUAGUUCUAAAAUUUGUGGUGAAAUUCUUUCCACCUGACCAUGCUCAACUGCAAGAAGAGUUAACAAGGUACCUAUUUGCGUUGCAAGUAAAGCAGGAUUUGGAAAAAGGAAGGCUAACGUGUAAUGACACAAGCGCUGCUCUCUUAAUCUCACACAUUGUACAGUCUGAGAUUGGAGAUUUUGAUGAAACCGUCGAUCGUGAACAUUUAGCAAAGAACAAGUAUAUACCUCAGCAGGAAGCAUUAGAAGACAAAAUAAUGGAAUUUCAUCGUAAUCAUAUUGGACAAACACCAGCAGAAUCAGAUUUCCAGCUACUUGAGAUUGCCCGCCGUUUGGAAAUGUAUGGAAUCCGAUUGCAUCCAGCCAAGGACAGAGAAGGAACAAAGAUCAACUUGGCAGUUGCCCACACAGGCAUUCUGGUGUUUCAGGGUCACACCAAGAUUAAUGCCUUCAACUGGGCUAAAGUGCGAAAGCUGAGCUUUAAGAGGAAGCGUUUUCUUAUUAAACUGCGACCAGAUGUCAAUAGCUCCUUCCAGGACACACUAGAAUUCCUGAUGGCCAGCAGGGAUUUUUGCAAGGCCUUUUGGAAGAUCUGUGUGGAACACCACGCUUUCUUCAGGCUCUUUGAGGAACCCAAACCAAAGCCAAAACCUGUUCUCUUUACUAGAGGUUCAUCCUUUCGGUUCAGUGGCCGAACUCAGAAGCAGGUUCUUGACUAUGUUAAAGAAGGAGGACACAAGAAAGUCCAGUUUGAAAGGAAACACAGCAAGAUUCAUUCAGUCAGGAGCCCAACUGCAAAGACUUCAGAACAGCAUUCAGAGGUGCCAAUACAAAGCUGCAGUUUUACGUAUGGCGACAAUGCCGAUUCCCGAGUGCUGCAGAGCUGCCGGCAGGGGAAAGAACUGAGAGUUACAGUGGAAGACGGCGGGCAGCGAGCAAGCCCUUCCCUGAAGAAGAGCCCAAAGGAAGGCAGGAGGCUGGACGGUGUAGUGAUGGCAACGAUGGAGGAAGAGGAGGAAGUUGUAAAGGACAGACCACAGCACAGCAGACCUCAGGCCCAGCAGCCGAGCACAGGUCCUGCAUCCCGUGCUGCUCGUGGCAGCGUCACCUCAAUUCCUUUCAUUGACUGCAGUGAUGUAGAUAGCGAGUAUGACCUCCUCAGAGAGCAAAUGUCCCGGUCACAUUCCCAAACAAAUGACAAUUAUGAGGGUGAUUCGACCAGUGGUGCCUAUAUCAAUUGUAGAGAUGAAAAUCGUAACAGGUAUAGGGAUUGCUCAGCCACCUCUGCAAAGUCAUCCCUCCAGAGCACCCAAGAUUGUAAUGAUGGCAGCUCUACUAGCAUGUCCUUCUAUGUGGGUGGAAGCCCCAGAAUCCCACUUCAUAGCACUCUGAUUGAUGAAAUGUUCAGGGGUCCAGACACCCGUAGCCCCCGGGCCACGCCUUUGCCUUCCAGUAGCAAAGGGUCCAGCCCUCACAUGAGUUUCAGCAGGGCAAGUUCCCAGGGCUGUAUCUCUGAAAACGGGCGUAAUGGCAGGGCUAGGUUUGACAGUGAUGAUGCUUGUACAUAUACCUGCCAUGGUUAUGUUAAGUGCUCCCCGGUCUUGCAGAGGGCUCACGUACAAAUGAUCCAGAAUGCACGUAACACUUCUGAAACAGAUCCCUUUAUCUUGAGCCAAGUGACUUCAACUCCUGGUCAAGAGUAUAGGCCAGACAGAUACAGUACAGGGGGAAUGGUUAAACCGGCCCCUUUAGAAAGUAAGAGUAUGGCAAAUGGUGUGCCGUCUAUUGGACAGCCAAAGCAAAGUCCAGUUAUGCAAACCUUAUAUGCCCGGGGCAUGAUGGAUCAUAUGUCUACCAUCCAAAUGAUAGAAGGCUCUACUAGCAGUGGGACUGAAUCUAGUGAUUCUGAUUCAGAAAUGGUUAAUCCUUUCACUCACCCUCUUGUGUUUGGAAAUCCUAUAGUGCUGAAUUCCUCGCCCACAGGUAGGAAAAAGUAUUCCUUUGGCAACCUCCAGCUAGAUGAAGAGGUGGAGGAUGUUUCAGUGAGCCUUGGAGAUGAAGAUGGUGUCCAUGUCUUUGGUUUCACCUGCAAGGAACCUGCUUUGCAGAUUUCCAAAACAGAAACCGAUGGGCAAGAGCAGCCAGGCGAGGCUUCUCCAUCAGUCGGCCUCUCCCGCUGGACCGACCGAAGCACAAUUGUUCGAGGCGAUGAUGAAGGAGGAGAAUCGAGGAGAAAGAGGUUUCCAAUGGAUAAAGCAUACUUCAUCGCAAAAGAAGUGUCCACGACAGAACGAACCUACCUGAAAGACCUUGAAGUCAUCACAUCGUGGUUCCAGAGCUCAGUGAGUAAAGAUGACUGCAUGCCAGAAACACUGAGGAAUCUCAUCUUUUCCAGCUUUGAACCUUUGCACAAAUUCCACACUACCUUUCUAAAGGAAAUAGAGCAACGCCUUGCCCUUUGGGAAGGGCGAUCUAAUGCCCAUUUGAAAGGAGAUUACCAAAGAAUUGGGGACGUUAUGCUGAGGAACAUUCAGAGUAUGAAGCAAUUGACAAUUCAUCUGCGGAAGCACAGUGAGGUUCUGGUUGAGCUAGAGAAUGCGAUCAAGAACUCACGGAAGCUGGAAACUUUAUGCAGGGACUUUGAGAUGCAGAAAGUUUGUUACCUACCCCUCAAUACCUUCCUGCUCAGGCCUCUGCACCGGCUUAUGCACUACAAGCAGAUAAUGGAAAGGCUCUGUAAACAUUAUCCACCAAACCACGUGGACUUCAGGGACUCCAGAGCUGCUCUGGCAGAGAUCUCAGAGUUGGUGGUUCAGCUCCACAGUAGCAUGCUAAAGAUGGAAAACUUCCAGAAGCUGCAUGAAUUGAAAAAAGAUUUGAUAGGCAUUGACAAUCUGGUGAUUCCAGGAAGGGAAUUUAUUAGAUUGGGCAGCCUUAGUAAGUUGUCUGGAAAAGGCUUACAGCAGCGGAUGUUCUUCCUGUUCAACGAUGUCUUGCUGUACACAAGCAGAGGCCUGACAGCUUCAAAUCAAUUUAAAGUCCAUGGACAGCUUCCACUGUAUGGCAUGAUGAUAGAAGAGAGUGAAGAAGAAUGGGGGGUUCCUCACUGCUUUACACUGAGAGGUCAGCACCAGUCCAUCGUUGUUGCUUCAAGCAGCCCCUCUGAAAUGGACAAGUGGAGUGAAGAUAUACAAAUGGCAAUUGAUUUGGCUGAGAAAUGUAAUGGCCCCGCUCCUGAAUUUCUGGGAAGUAGCCCACCUGAUACAAAGUCCCCAGAGGAGCCAACCGUAGAUCAAGAAUCGGAAGAUGAUCUCAAUGCAUCCCGCACUUCGCUUGACCGUCAGACUCCUCACCGUGGCAACACUACGGUGCACGUCUGCUGGCACAGAAAUACCAGCGUUUCCAUGGUCGACUUUAGUAUUGCUGUGGAGAAUCAACUCUCUGGAAAUCUUUUGAGAAAAUUCAAGAACAGCAAUGGGUGGCAGAAACUCUGGGUGGUAUUCACCAACUUCUGCAUGUUUUUCUACAAAUCCCAUCAGGACAAUCAUCCUUUAGCUAGCCUUCCUCUGCUGGGUUAUUCUCUUACCAUUCCUUCUGAAUCUGAGAACAUCCAUAAAGACUAUGUCUUUAAGCUACACUUCAAAUCCCACGUUUACUAUUUCAGGGCAGAAAGUGAAUACACAUUUGAACGGUGGAUGGAGGUAAUCCGAAGCGCCACCAGCCCAGCCUCACGCAUCCGGGUUCUCAGUCACGAAGAGUCACAUGUUUAUUAACAACUCAACACCCAACAAGUUGUUCAUUCCAGCAGCUGCUGCUUUUCUAGAGGACAUUUUGGAUUUUAUUUUCUCCUUUUUAAAAUUUAGUAAAACACCCAGAUUUUGUUCUAAAAAAAAAAAAUGUUUCCAAGCAGCUUUUUUGUAAUAUUGCCUCAGCAGGAUUGUUUACUCUGAUCGGCCAGGUGACAGUUACACGUCUCGUAAGUUGUCUUUUGGUGUGGUUAUUUUUUUUUAUGCUUGUGCCAGUAUUAAAAUAUUGUCCUUGGAGUGCCAAAUGCCAAAAGACAUUUCCUUGCCUCAAAAGUUUGCACCAGAAAUAUGGUACAGUUUUUUGUAGUAACUUCAUAUUUGGUAUUUUCCUGAAGAACAAAUGCCUUUUCUUCUCUGAAAGAAAAAAAAACCCAGCCCUGCAAAAGGAGGAAUGAUCAGACUGCUGAUUUUUUUUUUAAAAAAAUGUACUUUGUAUGUAUGGCAUUAACACACUUCAGCAAAAAAUGUGCAUAAAGAGCAGUCUCAAAGUAAAGUGAUUACUUUCAUACCUUCUUCUUGAUGUUUCUAUAAAUUUUACUUCUGAAAAUUAAAAAUACCAGCCAAGUA